AUGGCAUCUGCACACAUUGUCUUCUGUCUGAUUUAUUUGUUCUUGGGUGUAAUUGCUCAGAAGAACAACAUGCAUGUAUCCUCCUCUGCUCAUGAAGAAGCACGUUUUAUAUCAGCUAAAUCUGGAGACAGCGUGACUUUACAUUGUUACUAUGAACAGAAUGUUGCUGCAUGGUUUUACUGGUAUAAACAAACUUUAGGAGAGACACCAAAACUUAUUUCUACCUUCUUUGAGUCAAAAACCAAUUUUGUACAAAUUCAUGAUCCAUUCAACAAUAGUGCACGUUUCACACUAGAUAAUGAAAAAGGAAGUAAUUAUUUGAUUAUCUCAGACUUAAGUGUUUCAGACUCAGCAAAUUACUACUGUAUAUGUUCCUAUGUGUACGCGUCAACAUUCUUAGAGACCAUUAUUGUCAAUGUCAAUGAUUCAGAUUUAAACAUACGAGCUUUAGUUCAUCAGUCAGCAUCUGGGACCAUCCAGCCAGGAGGCUCUGUAAGUCUGCACUGUAUGGUGCACACUAUGCUGAGCUGUGAUGGAGAACACAGUGUUUACUGGUUCAAAGACUCUGAAGACUCUCAACCAGGACUCAUUUACACCCAUGGAGUCAGGAAUGAUCAGUGUGAGAGGAAAGCCAAUAAAAGAACACACACCUGUGUCUAUAACUUGAGAAUAGAGAGCCUGAAUGUGUCUCACGCUGGGAUCUACUACUGUGCUGUCGCCUCAUGUGGACACAUACUUUUUGGAAACGGGACCAAGCUGGACUUUGGGGGAUUUACAGUUUGGCGAGAUUCUCCUGCCCUGAUGUAUUUCUUAAGCGCAGCUUUAACACUCACCACCAUCAUCAGCGUGUUAUCAACUUUUUUAGUUUAUAAGAUGAAAAAGAGGAACAACUGCCAAUCCAGAGGAAAGAAAGGAGGUGGUUGCCAUGGUGAUGGGAGUGUUGCCUGCAAAACUGUCAUCUCCAUAAACGGAGAUGUCCGAAAGGUGCAGGAGAUGAAACAUGAGCAGGACAUGGGACUCCUGCAGAGCUUCGACAACAUUCAGGGAGAAGGGAGCGGGAGAUCGACAGAUGAUUGGUGCUGCGGCUCAGUUUACUGGUCGUUCUAUGUCCCUACCCUCAAUUAUGGCUGGUUUAUGGGUGAGGUGUUCCAGGCACCUCCCACUGGGAAGAGACCAGGACAUGCUUGA